AUGACUGCAGAUACGGUUCUCAGUGGAACUCUGAAAGUGGUCCUGCUCUGUCUUCUCUCUCUCUGUCUGAGAGGGACUGAAGCUGAUGUGGACCAGAACGCUCUGGCUCGCAUCAUCAGUAAACUUCAGAAAGAGUACAGUCCAAAGCAAGGAGAUCAGUUUGCAGUGGCCAUCAACGUCCCAGCUCGUUACUGCACUGCAGGCUCUAAUCUCGAUGACGGCAGCUUCCUUAAAAACGACAAACCAGAUGCUGCGAAAAGGGACAUGAACGGUGUUAACAAGCUGUAUCAAGGAAAAGAGCUGAUUGGUGCGUUGCGAAAAUCAAGCAACAACAAAGGGUUCUACCACUCAGAGUACCUCCUCCUGAGGGAGCCAGAUCCAGAACACUCCCCCAUGAAGAAUCUCCUGAACAAAAACAAAGACGGCUGUGUGAUCUUCUACACCUACAACUCCCCCUGUAUAGGUACCUGCUUACACGAGGACGGAGACCGGAACAUUCUUGAUGCCCUUUAUAUUUUUACAGGGCACCAAGGUCCAACAGCUUUUGUCUACAAUCGGAUAUUUAAUUAUGAUAAGCGUAACUUUGAUCUAGAGGAAUACCUAAAAAAAAUAAAUGAAGUGCCACUCUAUCGUUGUUACCCUGUCCAUAAAUCUGACUCUGACCGCAGCCGUGACCGUUCCCCUAGGCCCGGCCAUUCCCGUGAUCGUGAUCAUCCCCCUAAGCCUGGCCAUUCCCGUGAUCGUGACCGUUCCCGUAGCCCUCUUUCCCGUAGCUCUGACAGUGACCCUUAUGAGUGUCAUCUUUGCAUCAGUUCAGGCGAAGUAGUUAAACAGUGCAUCGAUAUAAACAUAUAACCUGGAGUGGGUGAUUAACGUCUCCUACUGGGCUUAAACCCUGAAACUCAACAGAUAUUUACACUUAGAGCAUUUACACUUUUUUUUACCUAGAACCAAAUGAAAAUAGUUGUCAAUAGUUUCUCACAGCAUAAAUAGCUCUCAAGUUCGCAUGUUAGAGUCGACGCUGACUGCGUUUACAUGUACUUAAUAAUUCGAUAACUGCAGAAAAUCUGAUUUUGUCA